CUUUCUUCACGGAGAGAUUCCUUGCUUUGAAAGCGCAUAUGCCAUCCUAGAAAACUGGAGAGCUUGCUAGACAACGAAGAAACAAAAGAGAGAGGAGAUGCUGGAUGAUCUGCUCACUACUCCAGAACGCGAUUACCUCCUCGCGAGCAAUGGAGACAAGAUUCCAGUAGCUCGACUGAGAGGAAGAUCGGUGCUCCUCCUCUUCGCGACCUCGUCGAUCGAUUCCCCAUUCCGCGACCAGUGCAGGAAGAUCUUGGACUCGCUCACCGCCGCUUACAACUCGCGAGAAUUCGAGGUGGUGUUCGUCUCCUGUGACACCAAUCUCGAUGGCUUCCAGGAGAACUUCCAGCGAAUGCCGUGGCUGGCUGUUCCUUACGAGGACGUCGAUGCCAGGAACAGGAUCGUCCGAGAGUGUGGCGCUGUGAACCUCCCAAAGCUUGUGCUCUUCGAUCGCCAGGGGAGGCUCUGUGACGAUGAUGCUGGCGAGAAGUUCCUGGAUCAAGGAUUUGGAGCUUUCAAGGAUCGCAAAUUCCUGCCCGGCUCUACAAAUCUGCUGAGCAAGCGCGAGAUCCACCAAGAAGUGAAAUUCAGUGAGAUCACCCAGAAGCUCAUCGGCUUCUACUUCUCCGCUCACUCCAGCCGCCAAGCGCAGAGCUUCACCCCCAAGCUCGCUGCCGCCUACAAGGAGCUCAAGGACGACCUGGAGAUCAUCUUCGUCUCCAGCGAUCCCGAUCCAGAGUCCUUCGCCGCGUCCUUCCGAUCGAUGCCCUGGCCAGCGCUGCCAUUCGCCGAUGCCGCCUCGAGGACCGCCCUGACCGAUCGCCUGAACCACCUCCGCAAGAUCCCGCGGCUCGUCAUCGUGGAGGCCUCGUCCGGAAGAACGAUCACCGCCCAGGGCUGCUGGAUUAUCUCCCACUUUGGAUCGCAGGCCUUCCCCUUCACGGAUUCCCACAUCGCGGCGCUCCUGCGCGAUUCGGUCGAGGGAAAAGCUCCCAAGGUUCUCGGAGGAGGAGAAUGCGGUAGCCAUGGCGCCCACAUCUGGAUCCGGACCGUGAUCACGAGCGCCAUGGCCGGGCUGAUCACCGUGGCGGUGGGCGUGUGUUCCUUCUUGUAUAGCAAGCUGGGCAAGGGUUAG